UUGUCGCAACACAACUAGCCAAGCACACUCCAGAAUUUGUCAUAGGCGAAUCUGUUGUAUGUUGAAAAAGAGCUGUGAGAAGCAGUAGAGAAAGAAGGAAAAAUAGAGCAAGAAGCCGCUGUGAGCCAAGCGGUGAAGAAGAGAGGACGACAUUUAAAGCGGGGAAAAUUAGCCGUAAGAAAAGGAGAUAUCUCGCACUUUGGCUCUGUUCAGCGAUUCUGAAGACAAACCAAUCAUGGAGCAUGAAGUGACUGACCUCCCCAGUGGCCCCUUGGAUAUUUACAGGAAAAAGGCAUCCUUCAACUGGAAGGACAUGCUCCUCUUCAUAGAUGGUGUGGAAAUACUGGCAUUCAAGCAAUACAUAUUUAAGACACUGGAGAAUGAUCCUCUGUUUGCUCGUCUGCCUGGUGAAGAUGUUUCAUUGGAGAAAAAACGAGAGCUGACCUUCCUUAGGGUGAAGCAGCUCUUCCGGUAUAACUUCCUAACAAAUGAAGAGGCCAUGGCCAAUCCCUGGAAGGCUGCAGUCUUUAAUGAGUGUCUGUGCAUGUACGACUGCUCCAUGGCCACCAAGUAUGGUCUCGACAAAGGGAUGUUUGGAAGGACUGUUGCCAGCUCAGGAUCAAAGAGACACAACAAGUAUGUUGAAAGCACCGAGAACAUGAUGACAUUUGGGUGCUUUGCACUAACUGAACUGAGUCACGGCAGCAACACCAGAGCCAUGAGGACCACAGCCACAUAUGACCCCUCCAGCCAGGAGUUUAUAAUCAACUCUCCAGACAUAGAAGCUGCCAAGUUCUGGGUGGGAAACCUGGGCAAGACUGCCACUCAUGCCCUAGUGUUUGCUCAGCUCUAUACAGCUGACAAGGUUUGCCACGGCCUGCACUCCUUCAUCGUCCCGGUUAGAGAUCCUAAGACCCUGUUGGCUCUGCCUGGUGUACUGACUGGAGACAUUGGCAAGAAGCUUGGACAGAAUGGACUGGAUAAUGGGUUUGUUAUGUUUCAUAAUGUGAGGAUCCCACGGGAGAACCUACUGAAUAAGACGGGUGAUGUUACUCCUGAUGGCCAGUACGUUACUCCAUUCAAAGACCCUAACAAACGUUUUGGGGCAUCUCUGGGUGCUCUGUCAGGGGGCAGGGUCGCCAUAACCAGGAAUGCUAUGGUCGUCCUGAAGAUGGCUCUUGUUGUGGCUCUCCGCUUCUCUGCCACCAGGAGACAGUUCGGACCCAAGGACUCAGAGGAGAUUCCAGUUUUGGAAUACCAGCUACAGCAAUGGCGUCUGAUCCCGUACCUGGCAGCAGCGUAUGCUCUUGAACAUUUCUCCAAAAGCUUCUUCAUGAACUAUGUCGAGUUUCAGAUUGGACAGAUGAUGAGCGACAAAGGUGACAGACAAGCAGAGUUGGGCAGGGAGAUCCAUGCUAUAGCCUGCUCCAGUAAACCACUGAGCUCAUGGACCACUCAGAGGGGGAUCCAAGAAUGCAGGGAGGCCUGUGGUGGACAUGGAUACCUGGCCAUGAACCGGCUGGGCGAGCUGCGUGAUGACAAUGACCCAAACUGCACAUAUGAAGGAGACAACAAUGUGUUGCUACAGCAGACCAGCAGCUACCUGCUCAAAUGGCUCCAGGUCAAGCAUCAUGAUGGUGUGCGGAUCAAGUCUCCGUUACACUCUGUGGAUUUCCUGGAUGAUUUCCAUAGGAUUCUGGAAAGCAAGUUCACUGCAACAACAAUAGAGCAGUGUAUGGAUGCUGAAGUGCCCCUGGCAGCAUAUAAGUGGCUGGUGUGUUUCCUGUUGGGCGAGAGUCUGAAGAGAGUGGAACAGCAGAAGGCAUCAAGCAAGGAUAUGUUUGACGCUAUUAACACUAGCCAGGUGUACUACUGUCGUUCCCUGUCCAUUGCCUACAUAGAGCACUGCUGCCUCCAGAGGUUUCAUGAGCAGGUGACUGAUGAGGAAACACCCGCUUCUCUCAGACCAGUGCUAAGUAAACUGUGUGCCUUGUAUGGACUGUGGAGUCUCAGCAACUACAUGGUCACACUCUACCAGGGUAAUUACUUUAGUGGGAAAAGGCCAACAGAGUUGGUUCAGACAGCCAUUCUCACUCUCUGCUCUCAGCUGAAGGAUGAUGCAAUAGCACUGGUGGACGUUCUAGCACCCACUGAUUUCAUCCUCCACUCACCCAUUGGAAAUACUGAUGGGCAGCUCUACAAGAACCUGUGGUCGACGGUGAUGAACAACCGUCAGGUUCUGGAUCGUCCCUCCUGGUGGAAGGAGUUCUGCUCAGACAAACCUGUGGUUGGUUCGCUGCGUCCAAAACUCUAGAAAACAGAUGAACUAUCGAUUACAAGCCCGGUCUGUCUAAUUGUGAAUCUUAAGUGCAGGGGUGAGAGUUGAGGUGGGAGACAGAAAAAAAGUUCCGGUUAUGGCAAUUAGGACGAGUAGGAAGCCCUGACAAGCCUUUUAAAAAUUCAGCUGCAUUCUGCUAACUGGAUAAUGUUUUCUCUAACACUGAGCACCUGCACCAUCGUGUAACAACCAGCAAAUCAUUAAGUGGUACAUCAUAACUGGUACAGUUCACUUCCCAUAUCAUUUUCAGCUCCCUUCCCAGUUAUCUUCCUGCUUUAAUGAAAAAAGGGACUGUUUGGCCAUUUUCCUUUUCCUUUCUUGCUACGCCUUGAAUAGUAUGUUCCCUUUGUAGUCGGAUGUCAAACUAGUAAAACUUGGAGCAACCAAACUGACCUCGAUUCCAAGAUGACUGUUCAAAAAAAGUACUUUUACCAAUAAUAGCACUUAUGUCGUAUUUAUUCACAGUAAAUGAGUAGUACACAUAGUACUGUUUCAUUUUUCAACAGUAGACCUGUUGCUAUGAUGUUUGUUUGCUCAAAAUACCAUGUAGUGUGUUAUUAUUGUCUGGUAUUGCUAACAAUGGAUAGCCUGAGAUUGGCUUGGGCACAUUUUUUCCAAUGACUUCUCACCUGGAACGUGAGGUUACUCCCAGUACUGACUUCUGAGUUCCAAUGUAAACACAACAGUUCACACAAUGAACAAACACAAUAACAGCUAAUACUAUUUUACAAAAGAAGGGAAUCCAGCUCCCUGUUUGAUACAUUUAAAAUGAUCUUUAUGACCAGAAGGGAUACAUACGUGUACAUUUCUUUUUGUGACAUGAUUAUACAGUAUAUGUAUUUACAUGUUUAAAAAAAAUGGUCUCAUAAAUCUCUAUAUCUAUUAUCUUUAUCUUUUUUGUCAGGGCCAUUGGUGACCUCAUUCAUUUUAUUAUUGUGUCGAGCACCAAGGUUUUUGGAAUGUUUUGAGUUAGGAGUUGCCAUCAUUUUUUCAACUUUUGGACAAGAUGGACCUUGAGAUCUCUAGUCAGACUUCUGUUCACCUAGAUUUAUUUUCCCUGCUGCUGAACUCAAGUGACUGCAUGUGAUCUACAGUAUCCAUCCAUUUUCUACUGCUUUAUCCUCCACAGAAGGGUUGCGGCGGGGCCAAUCUCAUCAGUUCUGCAGCUCCAAUCUUAAGUCAGUUUUUUGAGGUCAUAUCAGAUGCUUUAUAUACUGUAUUAGCAAAAAGCAAUGAGUCAAUGAUUGAUUAUUGAGGUUAAUAAAUAUUGGUGUGGCAGAGCUUGA